AUGGACAAUCAGGACGUUGAAGAGUUGCGUGUCGAGGCUGUUGUAGUCGAUUAUUACAUGAGUAAACCACUUCCUGCUUCUACCGUCACAAACAUUCCUUCUUCUUCUUUCUAUCGACGUGCUCAUGCGGUUCCUGUUGUACGUAUCUUUGGUGCUACACCUGCUGGUCAAAAGACACUUGUCCAUAUUCAUGGGAUUUUUCCUUAUUUUUACUUUCGAGCCGAAGAUGAUGAAGAUUUUGACAAUUUCGAGCGUCUACGAGCUCUUUUACCUCAAUUGGCAAAGGAUCUUGAGACUGCAAAUGCAUUAAAACAGCAGCAAAAACAACAGCAAAAGCACCCGCAGCAGCAGACAAUGAAGAUGAAAAAGUCAACGUAUUAUUGCAAUAAAACAAUAGCCAAGAUGGUGAUUGUACAAGGCAUACCAUUCUAUGGCUAUCAUCCCAAGCCAAAACUAUUUGUGCAGAUAUUUUUGUAUCAUCCACGUCAUGUGAUGACAAUUGUACGAUUGCUGGAGACUGGAUGUGUUGGUAAACGAUAUUUCCAGCCUUAUGAAGCACACGUGCCAUUUCUACUUCAGGUGUUUGCGGAUUACAAUAUUGAAGGAAUGAAUUGGGUGGCGUUCAGUAACGUCAAGUUUCGGUUUCCUCUUCCAGUUACACAGGAUCAUCUAGUGGAGACGUCAGGUGAGCACCGUGCUAUCCUUCUCCCGAACGUUCGAGCUGAUAGGAUCAACGGCUGGGAUGAAAUCGCAUCUGGUUUUUCUGGACGGUCUGCACCAGUUAUUAGUCAAACACCAAAGCGAUGGUAUGAUCGACAAUCUAGCUGUGCACUAGAAGUUGAUGUUGCGGCUGCAUGCAUUUUGAACCCAAAGCGGUUUGAAUCUCAGCAAAAAGCAGCAGAAGGAAUAGGCGAGCUACGCAGUGUGCCGUCGUUAGCAGCUAUAUGGGAAGCAGAGAGGUUGCGACGAAUUCAACGAGGAGAAAGUGGGACGCCGACAAUGUCAUUAAGUCUUCCGCGCAACGUUGAUACAUCUACGUGUAGAGGCUCCUCAAUGAGUGUAUCCCCGGCACAGUCAGCAUCAUCGCUGUUGUCACAAUCAUUUUUCAAGAAAAAGAUGAAGAAAUCUGUUGACGCAGUGUUGGAAAAACUAGAGAAGCAGAUGAAAGAACAGUGGACAAACAGUGGAUCUUCUGUUUCUUAUCAGUCACUUUCCGCUGGCAAUAUGGUAUCGUGUGGAGCUUCUAUUGCCGCGGAAAGCGAAUACUCUUAUAGUCAAGCUUGGGACAGAGUCAAUGGCGAGCGUGCUUUAAAUCAGUCAGCCAAAGAGGACGAAGCUAUCGUAAAUGUCCUUCGAGCGAUGCAACAAGAAAUUGACCCAAACGAUGCUGGCAGCAAAGGGUGCGGUAGAAACGAUCACGAAGGAUACAACAUACCCGACGACAAUGAUGAAGAAGAGAACGUUAGCAAAUGGAGUAAUGGAAAUGACGAGAUUAGAGAUAUCUUGGCAUCGCAACGUUUGAUUGAACAGCAUAUUGCAAGUGACGCGCCCACUUCACCAGAAAACAACGCUUGGUGGAAUGUUGCUGGACGUGACUUGCGACCGUUUGCAUGUCCACUGGGUGAACUUGGAAGUCCUCGCGUGGUUCUGCAUACCCCAUUGAAGCGCUCGCAAAAGUCGUCUAUGACUGUCGCUAAAAGGUCAACUAGAUUCGGGGCUAGUACAGAGGAUUGGCCUUUGGUCGGUGAUAUUGAGGACCUACUCCCACCACGGCCAACAGAGCCGAGACCAUUGACAGCAGUGGAAGAAUCGGAUCCGGUUGAUUGCCUCCAACUGUCACUAACGCCGCACCCACAGCCACUCCGGGUAUCCUCGCGGAUACAAGGGCCAUUGCAAGCAGCAGCAGCAGGCAACAAUCGCCUGUGGAUUUUUGGUCGCAAGCCUCCGUCCUUUUCCCAGAUUAUUUCAUCGUCACACCAACUUGGGGUGAAUCCAAUACAGUACCAACCGGCGUUUUACAGUAGUGCGGCAGAUAUGCCUGAGAAAGCGAUGGUAUUCGGUGGAAAGAAGUUUGAUUUUACACCACACAAUACGAGCAGUUUGCUGGCGUUUGAUACCACUGCUACACGUCAGCUACUGAAACUUCACUGCAGUGAAGGCAGGAAUGACAUCACAGAAAAUACGUCCUGGUAUAAAAUCUCCCAGCUGAAGAAGUCCUCUGAUAACUUUCAUGGAAGAGGUGUGAAGGAACGUCGUCUAUGGAUGCCAGCACGAUUGCCUCCAGACGCUACCGUUCUCGUGGAUUGGGUGUCAAAUAAUACCAAAGGCCACAGUACUUCUACAAAGAUACAAAGGAAGCGUGCUCGACCACCACCAUUAUCAACGGCCUCUCCCUCAGAUCAAUUGAGCUCGUCGACGAUUUUGUCAAAUGUUACGAUACUGUCGAUCGAGAUAUUUGCAACAUCUCGUGGCAAAAUGUUACCGAAUCCUUUCUACGACCCGGUUGACGCCGUAUGCUAUGCAGUAGAGGCCCAAGAGGGACCGACGGAUUCUAAGACACGAGAGCGUGGUUUUAUCAUGGUGAAACUGGAUGACAUGAAUAAAACAACGCCUAGAGGUGUGGGUUUGUGCGUUGACAGCGGCAAUAUGUCGGUGAUGUUUGCAUCAGACGAGCGCGAUCUCCUUCAUUCUUUGGAGGCGUUGAUACGACGAUGGGAUCCAGACUUUUUGGUAGGAUUUGAGGUGCAAAAGUCUUCGAUUGGAUAUCUUGUUGACCGAGCGUCCCAGAUGAAUAUCGACCUCAUCCAGUCGUUAUCUCGCCUUCCGUCAGCACCAAUAGAUCCUCGAAACGUGACCAUAGUUCAGGAGCAAGAUGAGGGCAGUCAAAAAGAAAUACCGAUUGGUACAACGUGCGGUAUGAAUAGGGCGGCAGGGUUAUGGAUUCACGGCAGGUUCGUUUUGAAUCUUUGGCGAAUGUGUCGCUCAGAGCUUAAAUUAUCGCGCUAUGCUCUUGAAGAUAUUGUGCUGGCUGUUCUGAAGCGGCCUUAUCCCGUAUAUUCGGCUGACAAAUUGACGUCGUGGUUCCGCGAAGGUGGUCAAAUGCGUUGGAAGGUGAUUAGGCACAUCUUAGAGCGAGCUACUCUGAAUCUCCGGAUUCUUUCUAAAAUGCAGCUGAUCACUCGAACAAGCGAAAUGGCUCGGCUAUUUGGAAUAGACUUUUACUCCGUUUUGUCGCGAGGAUCACAGUACCGAGUCGAGGCAGUCAUGUUGCGAGUGACAAAACGAAAGAAUUUCUUAUUAGUAUCACCGAGCAGAAAUCAAGUGGCUAGUCAGGCGCCGAUGGAGUGCAUUCCAUUGGUGAUGGAACCACAUUCGAGCUUUUAUUCUGACCCUGUCGUGGUUCUUGACUUUCAGUCUCUCUAUCCAUCGCUUAUAAUCGCGUAUAAUCUGUGCUAUUCAAGUCUUCUAGGGCGCUUGAAGGAUGGAAUGAAUCCGGAGUUGGAAACAUCACUUGGGGUAGUCGAUUUCACCCCAAAUGCUACGAGCCUUUUGCAAUGCAAAGACGAUAUCAUUGUUGCGCCGAAUGGAACGUUGUUCUGUCCCAAAACGUAUCGUCAUGGAGUCCUCCCGCUUAUACUAGACGAAAUUCUGUCAACUCGGAUCAUGGUGAAAAAGUCGAUGAAGUCAGCAAAGGAGGUUGAUCAGAAUCGACUAGCUAAGGUGCUGAAUGCACGACAGCUAGCGCUAAAAAUGAUCUCGAACGUGACAUACGGAUACACGGCAGCUGGGUUUUCGGGACGCAUGCCGUGCGCUCAACUGGCUGAUGCUAUUGUUCAGACGGGCAGAUGCACGCUUGAAGCUGCCGUUCAACUGAUAGAAGGAUGCUCCGACUGGAAUGCCAAGGUCGUGUAUGGUGAUACCGAUAGUGUCUUUGUUCUACUGAAGGGAAGAUCAAAAGUAGAUGCAUUUCGAAUUGGACAAGAAAUUGCUGAUGCAGUUACUGCAUCGAAUCCAAGACCUGUGAUACUCAAGUUGGAAAAAGUGUAUAUGGGCUGUGUUCUCGUUUCCAAAAAGCGAUACGUCGGUAACAAAUUUGAGUCGCCAACGCAAGAGGCCGGUGUCCUUGAUUCAAAAGGGAUUGAAACAGUUCGACGCGAUUCAUGCGGAGUGGUUCAACAUGCAAUGCAACAUUCUCUCGAGAAGCUCUUUGCAUCGUGCGACUUGUCCAAGGUGAAGGAGGGCUUGGAGAAAUAUUGGUUGCAAAUUCUAGAGAACCGAAUACCACUUCAAGAGUUCAUCUUUGCUAAAGAAGUUUGCUUAGGGACCUACACUAGUGGAAGUGCUCCUCCUGCAGCACUUGUCAGUACAAAAGCUAUGGGAAAAGAUCCACGAGCAGAACCACGAUAUGCGGAGCGUGUACCCUAUGUUGUAGUAAACGGACCUCCUGGCGCACGGCUAAUGGACUUGGUUGUGUCACCGAGUGAGUAUUACGACCAGCAAAAGCGCUACAGUGUCAACUAUCAUUACUAUAUCAACAAACAGAUCAUUCCAAGCCUUGAGCGGCUUUUCCUCUUGACUGGGGCCAAUAUUCGAUCGUGGUAUGCAGCCCUGCCUCGGUCGUCCGUGAAAGCUCGUCAACAAGCGUAUGACAACGUCACGCCAACUCGUCGUGACUUUCGAUCAAUCGACUCAUUUUACAUGAGCAAACACUGCCGACUUUGUGGAUCAGUUGGUAAUGAGACGCUAUGCAAAGAGUGCAUUGCCAACCCACAGCGAAGCCUGCUCGCGAUUCACACGGCGUCUUCUCGACACGAAAAAGCGAUGAUGGCUCUCAAAUUUGCAUGCACUGCAUGUGCAGAUCGAGAUGCAUUUAGUAGCUGUGGCAACUUCUUCUGUCGCGUAUGGAACCACAAAAAGCUCUUUGAGACGGAUAAAUCCACACUUUUGUGUCAAGAGCGACAAACACAUGCGUAA